AUGAUGUACAUGGAUAUGAUUCAACUGGACGGUUCCUCUGCACAACAGCUGCCUGAAGCCGAUAUGAAUGUCUCUGUGUUGCAAAGUUCUCCUUCUGUGGCAACCGGGAUGAAGCGUUAUUCUACAGAGAGAAAGAACGGAGAGAAACACGUUGUCUUUGUGAAGACAUCUUUCUUUCCCUCUCAGCAUCCCGUCCCUCGCAACUGCCAAAUCAUGACGCUUGGUCUUGUUUCGGAUGCUCUCACGUCGCGUUGGAGCUACAUUAUGGAGUAUAAGGACACAGAUGAAGAGAUCGAAAAGCUACUUGAUGAGGAGUUAGCUGAGGACAGCGUCAAGGAUAAGGCAUCAACGCUGUUGGCAUCGGCUCAUGCCCCAUUUAAAAGAUGGGUGGAUAUUCUUCGCAAACCGGCCGCGCCGAAGAUCCCUCAGAGGGCUGUGGAAGGCUGGUCUGAUGAAUCUCAGGAAAAUCCAACUUCACCCCAAGAUGCAGAUAUUUCUUUCCCUCCAGCAGACUUCCUGCCGCCUCUAAUCCCAGUGCAGGAUUCCCAGUCGGAGAGAAGCUCCCGGCGCUCAUAUUUGGGAACGGUUAAGACCACCACUUUGAGCAUUGCAACGAGAUCCAGAGGUACAACUCAUAGCACCACCACUCAGAGCGCGAUGUCUGAUGCGCGAAUCUCAAGAGAUAGCUCUCGACCAUCAACCAGACAUUACAUGGAUGAAAAAGCGGAAGAACGGGCGGGCAAGCGACGGCUGAUAUUACGGGAACUGGUCAAGACGGAGGAUGACUAUGUCACAGGUCUUAAAGCCCUGACUGGUGUUCUCUCCAUUUUCAACACCCGAACUCUGAUUCAGCAUAACAUUCAGCAAAUCCACAAGAUCCAUGAGCAGUUCUUAAACAGGCUUCGCGAAAUCUCUCCUUCGUCGUUCUCUGAAACUCCAGAUGAAGUUUUAGAUCUUACCACUCGUGGAUUGUCGAGACGACUAGGCAAUAUCGAUCUACCAGGGCUAAAAGGGUUGCAGAAUAGGUCUUUGCGGACCCGCAGGUUUAAAUCAGACAUGAAGCAGCGUCGCCGAUCCCUUAUCGCAGAGCCAAGCGAAGUUUACGAAGUAGCAUGCGAACUUGGAAACUUGUCGGCGUCCUUUUCGGCAUAUGAGGAAUUUUGCGGGAACUAUGAGCUACUUUCCCAGGAUAUAGCGAUUUUGCGGCGAUCGAUCCCAAAUUGGUCAGUGUAUGAUCAGGGUAUUGAGGCAUUGUCAAAGUCUGUCGCUUCUACGAAUAGUCGCAGAUAUGAGGAUAACAAAUCGAUGACGAUGAACGAUUUGAUGAUCAAGCCCAUCCAACGCUUGUGCAAAUACCCCCUCCUCCUCCAAGACCUCAACCGAAACACCGACGUUGCGGACUGUCCAACUUCUCGGGAAGUCAUGAUGAAUAUAUUGGACAACCUACGCGUUCAGGUGGCGAGUAUAAACUCGGCGACUGGAAACCCAGUCAACAAAGAUCGCAUCCAAAAGACUCUUAUAUUACAAGAUAGAAUCCGUUUUGAUGAUUCGUCCUUGCUACAAGAUAUUUACAGAGACCUUGGUCCAAUGUCAAUGUGCGGAGUUCUUCAUGUCACCUACCACACCUCAGCGCAUACGGCCGGUGAAUUCAUGGUUUGCGUCUUGUUCAAUUAUUAUUUACUUCUUGCUCAAAACAUCGACGAAUCCAACCGACUGGAUAUUAUCGCCUGUAUUUAUAUUAACGAUUUGAAGUCGGACACCGUGCAUAAUGGACGUGGUCUAAAUUGUUACGGUUGUCCUUUUUCAUGGAAAAUAUUGUUUCAAGAACAGGAUGAGAACUUCGAGUUUGUUCUCAGUGCAGCUACGGCCAUCGAGGAAAAGCAAUGGACGACAGAACUAUUGCUAAAAUCAGCAGCUUUGGUCAACAUGGCGGCACCGGGAGGUAAUUGGAAUCCUCGCAGAUAUUCUCUGUUGAAUCUUCCUCUUGUCGCGUUGGAUAGACCACAAUAUACAGUGGCGUCUCUGCCGCGAAGAUCGUCAAUGGAAUCCAUGGCAGUUUCACGAAAAUACAAUAUCCAGCAAAUAGUCAUCCGGAGGACACAUUGUCCAAACAACUACGAUGAGUCGACCGGUUCGGGUUCAACCGGUUCCGCCGGCGAAAUUGAGCGUCUCAAAACCCCAGGGAUGCGCGGUUCAUGGACUGUCACUGCAAGGCGAAUGGACAGGGUUCGAUUGGAGAAACUGAUCUCGGACGUGUAUACGCGGGAUGUGCUACCAUACCCUGGUAUGGUUCUUGGUCGAGGGGAUCUUUUCCGCCGUGGGUCGAUCAUGAGACGUCUUAGCUUCCGUGCGGGAUUUAUCAAACGGUCUAGCUCUGUCAGCACUUCGCACUCCGGACCUGUUGUUACUGAAUCCCAGUCUGUCGACGAAUACGAUGGCGAGGAGAAAGGCCUAAUCACGGCACAGGAUAGGUGCAGCGACCAGCCCUUACAUGGAGGGGACUGUGAAUCACCCAAAACGCCGACAGCCACGCCUAUAUCGCCCGUGGGGCGUUCAAAGACUCUUCGAUUUAGAGAUACACCCAAAAAGUCGGGCUCUUUGUCCCGCAAGGAAAAGCGCUCAAAACAAGAGAAAGUGAAAGAGAAAGAUGGCGAGAUGUCUCCACGUAGGAAAUGGGGCACACCGAUAAACCUGUUAAGUGUGCUAUCCCCGAAGAAUAUUAUUCGGUCCCGUGGUGAGCCAGGGGGCAAUUGA